AUGAUGCAGCAUAAGAAAAACGGUUCUCUAACGGAUGUCACUACACAAGUUAACUUCAAGCCUUCAUCAGCCAUGCCAUCCGGUAGCAUCUCAAGAACAGCCAAUCAGUUGGUCAUGCAGCUGAUUCAAGUUAUUGAAAAUAAAGAGCAUAUGAUCACCACCGUGACAGUUCCUUUGCCAUCUAGCAGCUCCGUUGUAACCGAUUUUGGUAUUCAUAAGAUGCGUGAUCAACUGGAUGCCUUUCUGAAGGAGUUUACAGCCGAUCCAGCUUAUAUCGAACCGAUGGUGGAUGCAGCGACUCAAACAGAGGGAACCCUCAGCCCUGCAUCUGAAGCGACUGAUUCGGAAGAAAAUACGAUUCCAGUUCAAAACAAGAUACCUGAUCAAGUUAACAGUGCUACUGUUAACGUCCAACGAGAAUAUUUCGGAGUUUUGCACUUUUUGGUUACUCGGCCAUCGUUGUCGGCUCGAAUGAAAAUCGCGCUGACUGAUCUCGAUGGAAUUUCAAUGAAGGAAUUCGAGAAAUUACGGAACAAUUUAGCUAACGAGCUUACCCCGUUGUUCGUACCAUCCGAGAAUUCGAUUCCUGAACCAGAAAUAAUUGACCCGGAUAUUAAGAAAUAUGUCUACUCAGAACGUGGAACUUAUUGUCCAGGUGUUUUGAACCUUGUGGUUUUCCGAAAUGGCAUGGGUGCAAACUUGAAGGUGAAGAUUCCAAGUCUUCAAGGAAUUACGACGAAUCAAUACAAAAACGUACGACAGAAUGUGAGACAGUUUCUUGUCCCAUUUUUUGAAGCCGCAGCAGCUAUGGAUGCUGGCAUCGAAAUUACUCGAGGAGCUACCAGCAACAACACAGAGGAAGCAAUGAAAAAAGCAAUUGAAGAGCUUAAACAUUCGGGAAUUCUCGAGCCUGAAGUCGAAUUUGACCCUAGUAUUCCAUCGACGUCUACUGGAAUCACGAAAUCUCAGGAAGUUCCAAAGGCAAAGAGUUUUGGUCGCGAAAAAGAUGCAAAACAAGUCGAGAGUCAUAAGAAGAGCAAGGUAAUUUAUGUGACGCCAUUUACAGUAUAA